UUUUCAGCAAGUGGGCAGCGCUCUUUACAUUCAGUGAAUAAAAAUUAAGUUUUUCUGUGAUUUUUUGCUGCUCUAAAAAAAAUCGAAACGUUCGUUCAUUAUGCAAUUUAUUACGAAUCAUCCUUUUGGCCCAAAUGGACCCUACUAUCGCCGUGCCUGUCUACGUGAUCGCUUUCCCAGUCUGCUGGAUGAGGUCGGUAACUUGGGCGACAGUCUGGUGUCCCAUUUGGGCAGCUCCAAUAUCGAGAACAUGAAUGGACGCCUCAAGCGGGGACGUAAGCAUACCAAGGAGGAAGAGUUGCAUGACGCCAAUGAGCUCUGUUUGGACGGUCCGUGGACCAUCAAUCAGACGCGGCGUCAGAAUGCGCGAACUAUGCAACGCGCCUGUGACAGAUACGCGCCAGGCUUGCCGCGCUAUCCGCCGGAAUGGGCAUCACCACAGCAGAGCACACAGCCGCGACGACGCAGUCGCAGCGUUCCCGUGCUGCCCACGGCCAAGCGACAGUCGGGCGAGCCCCCGUACGAGGGAAAGUGCGAUCAUUGCCGUCGCCAGGGCACCGAUGAUGUGCUGAGCGAUAUUAAGGCUCGCACCAUGGCUAAGAAGAUGUGUGAGCAUCGGACUCUCAGCAACCAGCACCAUCUGUUGCAUGUCCACCAUAACCGCAGUCUCAACCCAGCUGAGUUUCAAUGAGAAGAAAUGCCACCAAAUAUUCGUACGUAGAGAGCUUCCAACAUCUGCUUCCAAUUACACGAUACACUUGCAACGGGCGCUGGGGGCGAGGGGGACGGGACUUGCACUCACACACAAAUCAACGCGGACAUUUAUUUUCAUGUAGCCCCCUGCCUCUGCCACUUGGUGGCAGAUGUCAACGGCCAGCGAAAUAUGAGAAAUGGAUAGGCCCGCACCGAAGCGAAACGGAAUGCCUUGGCGCCUCAUGGUAGUUUGCUGCAGGCUAAGGAAUGAGGAAGUAACUGCAGACAGACGCGACAUUACAUAAGAAACACUUGAGUAUUUGUUGGAACACUAAAUGAU